UUACCUUCUUGUUGAGCAGUUUGCAGUAUGGGACAAAACCUCAACUUAAUGGCUCUAUUGACCCAUCUGCCCAUGGCCUGGCGGAGCGUGCGGGUGGUAAACUCCAGCGCGGCGGUCUUCCUCUGAAACAGCCACGUGUCGCCGUCAGAGUUAAAGAUCCCUUGACCAAGCAGCUCAUGAAAAACGGACUGCCACGUCGGACCCUUCGGGUAAUUGUCGAACCGGGUCUUCAAGAUGUGCUCCAGAUUCUUCGGGUCGCAGGUGACCGUGAUCAGGCCCUGUUUCCGGGCCAGGAAGGGGACGGCGCAAAUGCAGGUCUGGUACGUUCCGCCGCAGGCUCGGAGGUUGUCGGCGAUCCAGUCAUGCAUACGUUCGGAGUUCUCGAUGAGGCCGGGCAGGCUGCCCAGAAGCGGCCAAACUCUGGGUCCCUUCAAGGAUCUUGAAAUGAAGGUGAACCAGAGGAGGUACAGAGUUACCGCGGUGAAAAGAAGCAGGGCUAUGGCGAUGCUGUCCAUUUUACUGCGUGCGGACGGGUAAAAAAAGGUGAAAAUGGGGUGGGUAAAAAUGAAGGGCCAAUGGGAUGGGAGGUGAAUAUAGAAUGGAAAUGGGGAAAGAGGUGGGAGGGUUUUAU